GUGUUGUAGUUCCUUCUCUUAUUAACAACCCUGAAUUUGCGAUGGGAAAGUAACCCUCACAAUUAAAGCUAGGCACGAAUCCAUACAAAAAACUCUGAUAAUCCAUUCCAAGAUCCAAACCCAGCUUUAGCUUUAAUUCUUUUUCAUCUUUCCCUUCCACUUUACCAGCCAGAAUUGUGCAUUUUGAUCCAAGAAAACUAUUAUUUCACACUUGUUUCUGCUUCUUUUUGGAAGGCCUAUCAAUCAAAAGAAGAUGGAGAAGCCAGUCACCAGAUAUUGCUGCAACAAUCAACUCUGGUUGGUCAUUCUUGUCUCCUUUGUUUUCUGCUUUGUAUUGUUUUGCUUUGAUUAUUCAGCUCUAACUGGAACCCAAGAAAGGGUCUCUGUUUCUGUCAGUAAUUAUGAAGAUUCAAUCUCUACCCACAAAUCGAAAUCCCUCCAACUCCCUGAAAAUGUCAAUGAAACCUCCAUUGGACCCAUGAAAUCUGAUUAUCUUAGAGAGGAUAAUGUGCAACAAAAAUCUGUUAAAGAUUCUUGUUUGGGUCGAUACAUUUUUAUUCAUCGUCUUCCUAGCCAAUUCAACCAAGAAUUGAUUGAAAAUUGUGAGUCAAUUAACAGAGGGACUGAGCAUAACAUUUGUCCAUAUUUGGUUAAUUCUGCUCUGGGUCAUGAAGUAGAAAAUUCUCAAGGAAUUUUGUUAAAUAAGAGUUGGUACUCUACUAAUCAAUUCUUGUUGGAAGUCAUAUUCCACUUUAGGAUGAAGAAAUACAAGUGCUUAACCAAUGAUUCUUCCCUUGCUUCAGCUAUUUAUGUGCCAUUUUAUGCGGGUCUUGAUGUUAGCAGAUAUCUUUGGGGUUUUAAAACAUCAGUGAGAGAUCAAUCUGGUUAUGAUCUUGUCAAGUGGCUUGUUGAAAAACCUGAGUGGAAGAAAAUGUUGGGUAGAGACCAUUUCUUGGUUGCAGGGAGGAUUGCUUGGGAUUUUAGAAGGCAAACUGAUAAUGAGUCUGAUUGGGGUAGCAAGCUUAGGUUCUUGCCAGAAUCUAAUAACAUGUCAAUGUUGGCAAUUGAGUCUAGUUCAUGGAACAAUGAUUAUGCUAUACCAUAUCCAACUUGUUUUCAUCCCUCAAAAGACAGUGAGGUGUUUCAAUGGCAAGAUAAGAUGAGAAGACAAACAAGACCAUACUUGUUUUCUUUUGCUGGUGCUCCGAGGCCUGAUCUUCUAGGGUCUGUCAGAGGCAAGAUUAUUGAGGAAUGCAUAGCUUCAAACAACUUUUGCAAGUUGUUAGAGUGUGAUUAUGGUAUUAAUGGUGCUAUUAAUUGUGAUAAUCCAGUGAAUGUGAUGAGGUUGUUUCAGAAUUCAGUUUUUUGCUUGCAACCUCCAGGAGAUUCAUACACUAGGCGAUCCAUGUUUGAUUCGAUAUUGGCAGGGUGCAUUCCUGUUUUCUUUCAUCCAGGUACAGCAUAUGCACAAUAUAAGUGGCAUCUACCAAAGAAUUAUAGUAAAUAUUCUGUGUAUAUACCUGUGAGAGAUGCUAAAGAUUGGAAAGCUGGCAUAAAUGAGACCUUACUUAAAAUACCAGAAGAUAGGGUAUUGGCUCUGAGAGAGGAGAUUAUAAAGCUUAUUCCAAGAAUUAUAUAUGCAGACCCCAGUUCUAGAAUGGGAACCACUGAAGAUGCAUUUGAUUUAGCAGUCAAGGGAAUUCUUGAUCGGAUAGAGAGAGUUAGGAGGAUAACUAGGGAGGGAAGGGAUCCUAGUAUUGGUUUUGCGGAUGGGGAUGAUUACAAGUAUACUUUUUCUGGGUAUGUUGGAGAAACUUGAGCAGAAUUUAAUUCAUUAUUGCAUAGGUUCUUCCAGCAAUCGUUAGCAAACAAGUGAUAUAAUCAUAUAUACAAGAGCAAAAUAUCCAUUAUAGCUCUUUCCUCUUGUCUUUGCGAAAUUAAUUUGUAGCUGUUAUUUUAUUAUUUUAAUUCAUUUUUCCUUA